UGAGUCCGUGACACGAACGAACGAACGUAGCAGAGCAGACACACACGCGCGCGGAGAGAUGGUUUGUGCUCCUCUGCUCGCUGCAGCAGUAGUAGCGGCGGUGGCAGUGGCCUGCUCGCCGGGAUAUGGGGCUUAUGCGGCGGCAGAGCAGGAGGCCGCCGGCGCCGGCGGGAGCGAUUUGAGGUUGAGGCAGCCUCCGAUUACGCGCGGCCUGUCCUUCGACUUCUACAAGCGGAGCUGCCCCAGGGCGGAGUCCAUCGUGCGCGACUUCGUCCGGGACGCCGUCCGCAAGGACGUCGGCCUCGCCGCCGGUCUCCUCCGCCUCCACUUCCACGACUGCUUCGUCCAGGGGUGCGACGCGUCGGUGCUGCUGGACGGCUCGGCGACGGGGCCGGGGGAGCAGCAGGCGCCGCCCAACCUCACGCUGCGCCCGUCCUCCUUCAAGGCCAUCAACGACAUCCGGGACCGGCUGGAGCGCGAGUGCGGCGGCGCCGUCGUGUCCUGCUCCGACAUCCUGGCGCUCGCCGCGCGCGACUCCGUGGUGGCCACGGGCGGGCCCGAGUACCGCGUGCCCCUCGGCCGGCGUGACAGCCCGCGGCUCGCCACGCCGCAGGACGUGCUGUCCGGCCUCCCCGCGCCCACCUCCGCCGUGCCGUCCCUCCUCGACGUGUUCCACAACCACAGCCCUGACCUCGACGCCACCGACCUCGUCGCGCUCUCCGGCGCGCACACCGUGGGGCUCGGGCACUGCGCCUCCUUCGAGGGCCGCCUCUUCCCGCGCCCCGACCCGACCAUGAGCCCGGACUUCCUCGGCAGGCUGAGGCGGACGUGCCCGGCCAAGGGCACCGACGCGCGCACCGUGCUGGACGUGCGCACGCCCGACGUGUUCGACAACAAGUACUACGUGAACCUGGUGAACCGGGAGGGGCUCUUGGUGUCGGACCAGGACCUCUUCACCAACGAUGCCACCCGGCCCAUCGUGGAGCGGUUCGCGCGCAGCCAGCGGUACUUCUUCCACCAGUUCGGCGUGUCCAUGGUGAAGAUGGGCCAGAUCAGGGUGCUCACCGGCGGCCAGGGCCAGGUCCGCCGCAACUGCUCCGCCCGCAACCCCGGCACCACCGACGACGGCCUCGAGUGGUCGUCCCUGGUGCAGACCGUCGUGGACGCCGCUGCGGAGAGCUACUCCACUAGUUAGAUUCUAAUGCUAGAACCCGAGAGAGUAGCUGUUAAUCAUGUCGAAAUAAAAUAGUAGUGAGUAGUGAGCAAGGCAAGGCAUGAUGAUGAGGCUGUGUGCAACCCAAACGUGUGUUCUGUUCACCAGUUAGUUUAAUCGAUCGAUGCUUAUGUUGCUUGUUC